ACUCCGUUUUGGUUUUCCGGUCAAGAUUGAAAAAUACUUUUUUGCAAAUAUAAAUGCUGCACAAUAUAAACUAUCUGAUGAAUCUAGCUAGUCCCUUAAACACAAGAAUAAGCCUUUCCAUUCUAAAGAUUUUGUUCAAUUACGGAGGUGGUGCGCAUACGGUAGAUGAAGUUAAUGCUAGUGACUACAACACUUGCACCGUGGGAAAUUACAUCAGCACAGACCAGAGUGGUGCAACCACCAUCGCUCUCAAGACAGCGGGGACUCAUUACUUCAUCUGUAGUGUGACUGGCCAUUGUGGGAGUGGCAUGAAACUUGCUGUCGAUGUGGCAGCUGCAGCCUCACCCUCCGGGACUCCAUCUUCCCCAUCCUCUUCCGGCGCUGUCUCCUCGGUUGUAUUAGUUUUAAGAGGCAAAAUGGCUAUUUACUUAUUAAACCAUUAUCUCUUCUUUUCUUCGGCUGGCAUUUAGGGGGCCGUGUUUCAGACGUUCCUCUUUUCUGCUUUAGACAGGUCAUUCAUCAUUGCUUCUUUCACCUUUUACUCAUCCCCAUUCUUUUCUGCUCCCCCUUUUCUACCCUGCUUUUGCUCCUUUUCUCUCUCCUUCUUUUCUACUGCUAUGAAAAGAAGACCAUGAAAUGAAAAGGAUAUCCUGUU